AUGGACGGAGAUAUAGAGGAAACUGUCAAAGCAUGCAAAACCUGUCAGAUGUCACGUCAUGCACCCACUAAGGCAAAAGUGCACCCUUUGGAGUGGACAACAAAAAGAUGGUCCCAGCUGCAUAUUGACUUUGCUGGUCCUUUCCAAGGCAAAGUAUUCCUCAUAGUGGUUGAUGCGCACAGCAAGUGGCUAGAGGUGUCUCUGAUGAGUUCCAUGUCAUCGGCGGCGGUUAUUAACACACUGAGACUACUUUUUACAACGCAUGGGUUGCCCGAUGUCAUAGUUUCAGACAAUGGUGCUGCUUUCACAUCCACAGAAUCCCAAGAGUUUGCAGACCGCAAUGGUAUUUGUCAUGUCACUACAGCACCUUAUCACCCGAGCUCAAAUGGGCAAGCUGAACGCAUGGUACAGACAACCAAGGAGGCCCUGUCUCGCAUCACUCAAGGUGAGUGGCAGACCCGACUUGCUCGUUUCUUGCUGUCACAGCACGUCACACCCAAUUCAUCAACUGGAAAAAGUCCUGCUGAGUUGCUCAUGAAUCGGUGA